GUUAGGAAAUGGCGUCAAUAUGAAAUCGACGUUUCGAAACGCACAUUUCUCCGUCUCUCGUUUGAUAAACCCUAACCCCUGCAUCUCCUCUCCGAUUCCCCGCGUUAUCCCUCUCUUCUCCGGCGGCAUUCACCAGAGUUCCAUUAUCCGCCGGCGGGACCCAUCGUUACCUUCCUUAUCCACCGCGUUCUGCUCUUCGUCGUCCUCUAUUCCGAUGGCGGGAGGUGAAGGUCAGGUACCACCGCGGUCUUCUCCUUCUCUGGAAAAGCAGUUCGAGGAGUUCAGGGUUCAACUGGAAGGAUCUGCGAGCUUGCGAGAGAGGAUUCGAGCUGUGGUUAUGGAGAUUGAGUCCGCGACAAGGCUCAUUCAGGCUAACUUGCUCCUCGUUCACCAAUUGCGACCCGUUUCUGAGGUUCUCGAGAAAGCUAAAGAAAAAAUCGGUGCUUUGAAGGAUCUUUACAGUCAGCUUUCUGAAGUUCUCCGAGAUUGCUCUGGACAGUACUACAGGUACCAUGGUGACUGGAGAAGUGAAACACAGACAGUGGUCUCACAGCUUGCUUUUAUGCACUGGUUAGAAACUGGCACUCUUCUUGCGCACAUAGAAGCUGAAGAGAAACUUGGGUUGAACAGUUCGGAGUUUGGUUUGGACACUGAAGAUUAUCUGGUUGGAGUUUGUUUCAUGUCAAAUGAUAUGCCUAGGUACGUGGUUAACCGGGUGACGGCAGGGGACUAUGAUUGCCCGAGAAAGGUGUUGAAUUUCUUGACAGAUCUUCAUGCAGCUUUCCGAAUGCUGAAUCUCCGCAACGAUUUCCUCCGCAAGAAAUUUGACAGUAUGAAGUAUGACCUAAGGAGGGUUGAAGAAGUUUACUAUGAUGUCAAGAUCCGAGGUUUGGCUCCACACGGUGAAUCAGAUGGAACCCAAGGAACUCAAGGCUAAUGUUAUGUUUUGUCAUGGAAAAACGGCAAGGAAAGCUUUUGUAGAAACUGAGCACAAUGACCAGUUGAAGUCGGAUUAAUUCGAACGUCAGGGUCUUCAUUUCUACAAAAUGUAAACGGCGGGCUUUUUUGGGCCGAAGCCCAUUUUCUAGCAUUGGUUUGAUGGCGUUAUGACGCCGUCAAGAGAAUUGCAAGUUUUCCGUUUCCAUUUCAUCGGCUCAGUUGCUGCACCUGUUCAUGUACGCCAUGGUCGCGGACUCAAAACGCACAUAUUAUGUUAUCA